GAUCCCAAAUUAAUAACACCGCCUUUGCCGUCUCCCUCCAACCAACUCGUUUGACCCGUCCUUCUUUCUAGAGAUGGCCGCGCUCUCUUCUUCCUCCCCUCUCCUCCCAUGGACCCUCCCCGGCCGCGAAACCCUAGAAGCCGCCCACAAGAAACACUAGAGCCCGCUGGCAUCGGCUUUCUCUCGGCGGCUAUGGCGGGCGUCUCGAUCGGUUUCUUCUUCCCCUCGUGGUGGGAGAUCGAGGUCACCGUCGCUGCGGCGCUCUUCGUGAUCGCCGUGUACGCCUUCUUCGAGCGCUUGUCUUCCGGAGGCCCGGGGACUGGGGUCGAUCGGUCGUCUGGUGGCGAUGAGCCCCUGGGGGCGAAAGAGCCUCUUCUUGACGAUAAGGAGAAGUUCUCCACUUAUUUUGUAGAUGAGCCAAUCUAAAGGAGAUUCUCAAGGCACUUCUGCAUAUUUAAUAAAGUUGGAACUAUUGGCUGCCAAGAACCUAAUUGGUGCAAAUUUGAAUGGCACAUCAGAUCCUUAUGCCAUAAUUACUUGUGGUGAACAAAAGCGGUUUAGCUCAAUGGUUCCAGGCUCAAGAAACCCAAUGUGGGGAGAAGAGUUCAAUUUAGUUGUUGAUGUUCUUCCUGUCCAGAUUAACGUGACAAUAUAUGACUGGGACAUAAUAUGGAAAAGCACAGUUCUUGGAUCGGUGACAGUUCUGGUUGAAAGUGAAGGCCAAACUGGAGCCGUCUGGUACACUUUGGAUAGCACAUCAGGACAGGUCUGUCUUCAUAUUAAAACGGCAAAGCUUCCUGCAAGUACUAGGGCUUUAAAUGGCUUUGCUGGUGCCGAUGCUCGAAGAAGGAUUUCUUUAGAUAAACAAGGCCCUACAGUGGUUCAUCAAAAACCUGGGCCAUUACAAACUAUAUUUGAUCUUCCUCCAGAUGAGGUUGCUGAUCAUAGUUAUUCAUGUGCGCUUGAGAGGUCCUUUUUAUACCAUGGGCGCAUGUAUCUCUCGGCAUGGCAUAUUUGCUUCCAUUCUAAUGUAUUUUCUAAGCAAAUAAAGGUGGUUGUACCCUUAGGAGAUAUUCAUGAGAUAAGACGAAGCCAACAUGCAUUUAUCAACCCUGCAAUUACAAUAAUUCUUCGUAUGGGUGCUGGAGGGCAUGGUGUUCCUCCUUUAGGAAGCCCAGAUGGAAGAGUUAGGUACAUGUUCGCAUCUUUUUGGAACAGAAAUCAUACACUGAGAAUUUUACAACGUGCAACAAAGAAUUUCCGUGCAACGUUAGAAGCUGAGAAGCAGGAGUGGGCACAGUCAGCAUUGCGUGCACACAGUAGCUCUGUCAGAGGUAGUAGAAAACAGAUUAAAAUUCCGGAAGAUGAUAUUGAGAAGACAGGAAAGUUCCAAGAUUUCAUUAAAGAAGAAGUUCUAGUUGGCAUAUUCAAUGAUAUUUUUCCAUGCACAGCUGAGCAGUUUUUUAAUGUGCUGUUGAGUGACAACUCAAAGUUUAUCGAGGAAUAUCGCACUGCACGGAAGGAUACAAAUCUCAAUUUGGGCCAGUGGCACGUUGCUGAUGAAUAUGAUGGUCAAGUCAGAGAAAUAACAUUCAGAUCAUUAUGUCAUAGUCCCAUGUGUCCUCCAGACACAGCCAUGACGGAGUGGCAGAAUGCAGUUCUUUCAUCUGAUAAAACAACUUUGGUUUUUGAGACAGUGCAACAAGCACAUGAUAUUCCAUUUGGUUCGUACUUUGAGGUACACUGCAGAUGGUCGUUUAAAACAAACACCGAGUCUUCUUGUAUGCUUGACAUAAGAGUUGGUGCUCAUUUUAAGAAAUGGUGCAUUAUGCAGUCUAAGAUAAAGACUGGAGCUGUCGAUGAGUACAAGAAAGAAGUGGGCCAAAUGUUAGAAGUGGCCCGCUCAUACCUUCUCAAGGCCCAGGCUUCCAACCAAGAGCCUGAUCAGGCAUCAAGAACUCCUUCCCCUGCUGAAGGUGGUUGAAAACCUUAGUAUCCUCAUACAAAGCCUGCCUGCUUGGCACCCUCGUUUGGCACACCAUUCAGGGACUUGAUGAAGUCUCACUCCCAUCUCUCAAGCCAUUGUAACAGCAACUAUGUUACAACGGUAGGCCUGCUCUGGUACUUAUGCUGUAUUCUCACCCUGCCUCAAUGCAAGCGAAUUUGUGAUGUGUGCAUAUAUCUGUAUAACAUUUUUCUCGUACAUAUCAUAUAAACAGGUUAUUCAAAGCGAUGCACAUGUCAAAAUGUAAAGUACUCUUUCUUAUAUAUGAUCUCUCCCUCUCUCUCUCUCUGGGUAAACAUAUAUAUUCUCUCUUUGAAGUUCCAUUUGUAUCUCGUUUUCCC